GCGAAGUCAGUCGGUUGUACAUGUUGGGAGGGCAGUGAUCCGCCAAGUACCUGAAUACGUACUAAUAAAUAUAAUUGUUUACAUAGCCCCAGACUAAAAGCAAAAGCUGAUGAGUUCAACCGAAAUUCCACAAAUCGCACUGCCACUGGGUGCGAUCCAAGGAAAGCACUGCCAGACCGUUUACGCGCACAAUUACUAUAGUUUUGAGGGUAUACCCUAUGCGAAGCCGCCCUUAGGAGAGCUACGCUUCAAGGCGCCGCAGCCGAUCGAGCCUUGGAGCGGUGUCAAGGAUUGUACGCAAUGCACUAGCAAGCCUUUGCAAAAGAACUCGCGCACAGGCGGUGUGGAGGGUUCGGAGGAUUGCUUAUAUUUAAAUGUUUAUACAAAAGAGCUGCAAUCGGAGCAACCUUUGCCGGUGUUGGUAUUUAUUUAUGGCGGCGCUUUCUAUACAGGGGAAGCCACAAGGAAUGUUUACAGUCCCGACUAUUUCAUGAGUGAGCGGGUGAUAUUGGUUACGCUCAAUUAUCGACUCUGUUCUUUGGGUUUCCUUAGUCUCGCCGAUCCAGCGCUACAAGUGCCGGGAAAUGCUGCGCUGAAAGAUCAACUACUUGCACUUAAAUGGGUGAAAAAGUACAUUUGUCACUUCAAUGGCGAUCCCGACAAUAUAACGCUUUUUGGUGAAAGUGCCGGCGCUGCUAGCGCCCAUGCGAUUACGCUUAGUCCACAGUCAGAGGAUCUCUUUCAACGCGUCAUACUUAUGUCGGGAAGCGCGCUCUGUUACUGGGUAAAUAUGCCACAAACUGAUAUGGCUUACAGAUUGGCGAAAUUUCACGGCUUUAAUGGUGACAAUAAUGAUGCAGAAGUUUUGAGCUUUCUGCAGCAAUUAGAACCGGACAAAKUGGUGAAGCAUUCUUUGCUCAACGAAGAGGAGCGCCGAAAAUUAUACAUGUUCGCUUUUGGACCAAUUAUUGAACCGUAUGUUAGUGAGAAUUGUAUAUUGUCGCAACGGCCAUUUGAACUGCUGAAUAAAACAUGGAGCAAUCGUAUACCGAUGAUUAUUGGUGCAAAUUCCUUCGAGGGACUCUAUAUGUAUCAGCGCCUCAAAAUGUUUCCGCAAAUAAUGCGUACACUUAUUAGUGAUCCAGAGCGUAUUUUGCCGGAGGAUGCUAAGGUUGCGCACACACCGGAAGAGCUGCAAGCAAUGGGUGAAAAAUUAUUAAAAUUGUUUUUUGGCGCCAAAACGCCAAAUGAUCGUUCAGUAUUCAAAUUUCUGGAUAUUUAUGGCUACAAAAUAUUUUUACACGAUAUCCAUCGCACUGUUUUGGCACGUUCGGCAUAUGCUAGCCAACCCACCUAUGUUUAUCGGUUCGAUUUUGACUCGCCCGAUUUUAAUCUAUAUCGCGCUAAAUAUUGUGGCCAUGAUCCGGUGCGUGGUGUGUCUCAUGCUGAUGAUUUGUCGUACACAUUUUUCUCCAAUGACUCGUGGAAAGUUGGCUUGGAUUCGUCAGAAUAUAAGACUAUUCGAAGACUAAUUGCUAUGCUAACUACUUUUGCCGCUAACUCUGAUCCUAAUUGCGAUGAAAUCAAACCAGUUUGCUGGACACCACUAAAAGGCUCUGAGCCGAAUAUGGCAUUGAAUAUUAGCUAUGAUUUGAAAAUGAUGGAGCUACCGGAGACCGUUAAACUAAACGCACUAGAUGAGUUAUUCACUUACAGGGAGCAACUAUAUUGAAUAUUCAGUUCGAAAAUGAAUUUAUACUAUUACUAAUUAUGUUCUCAUUAUUACUCUAAAUUAAUCCUAAUUGAAUGCAAAAAGUGCAAUAAAUUAGUUUUUCACCCUA